CCGGGUUGUUGCUCCGGCGGCUGAGUGCAGCACAGCGCCGGGCCACCUUCACCGGGCGGAGCUCGUCGUGCUGGCUGCUCUCGGGCCUGAUAAAGAGUUUUGCGGUGUGACAUUGUGUAUCUGAUGAGUAAGUCUUCCAGACUCUGACAACACAGGAUGGAACCAAAUUUGGAUAAUAAAUUUUUCAGACCAUCCUAUAUUGCUAGUAAUGAGACACUUGAAAGAACAGGACGAGUAAGUGUGGAAGAUAUUAAAGCAGAUCUCUCUGAUGAGUUUUCUUUGGUUUCUUCAAGCUCAGACACAAACCAGAGGAGCAGUUCGGAGUCUAAGGGACACAUACAAGUCUGCCUACGUGUUAGGCCACUUACAUCGUUGGAAAAAGAAAAUGAAGUCCAGGACUGUGUUUCAAUUCAAGACUCAACAAGCAUCAUGCUGAAGCCUCCCAAAAUCUGUUUGAGUCGACUAAGUGAAAAAACUGCUGGACAGAUGAUACAGAAGUUUACUUUUUCACGAGUGUUUGGACCUGAAGUAACUCAAGAGGAAUUCUUUGAAGGUACCAUGAAGCAACAAGUGCAAGACUUCCUAGAUGGAUAUAAUCGUCUUAUUUUUACAUAUGGAGUUACAAAUGCUGGGAAAACCUACACAUUCCAAGGGACAGAAGAUGAUGUUGGUAUUCUGCCAAGGACUAUGGAUAUGUUGUUUAAAAGCAUUCAAGGAAAGCUGUACACAGCAAUGGAUAUCAAACCUCUUCGGUGCAGAGAUUAUAUAAAGCUUACUAGAGACCAAGUGAGAGAAGAAGCUACUAUCAAAAAUUCAAUACUUCGCCUAACAAAAGAGGGAGGCCAUCAAAAUAGCACUAACAACAAGGCACCAGCUGAUUCUAAGGAUAUGGAAGGACUCUUACCAGACUCAGAACAACCUACCACAUCUGUGAGAAAUACAGUCAAGUUUUCUGUUUGGAUUUCAUUUUUUGAGAUUUACAAUGAAUGUUUUUAUGAUCUACUGAUACCUGUAUCAAAUGACAAGAAAAGAAAACCACUACGCCUUGCUCAAGACAUCAAGGGAUAUUGUUAUGUGAAAGAUCUGCAGUGGGUUCAAAUUUCUGAUUCUAAAGAAGCUUCUAAACUUCUGAGACUGGGAUUGAAACACCAGAGUAUUGCAAGCACAAAACUAAAUACUUUCUCCAGCAGAAGUCACAGCAUAUUUACAGUUAAGAUAUUGAAGAUUGAAGAUUCAGGAGUCUUACAAGUAACCCGAGUCAAUGAAUUGUCAAUGUGUGAUCUUGCUGGUUCAGAAAGAUAUACCAAGACCUGCAAUGAAGGUGACCGAUUGAAAGAAAGUGGAAAUAUAAACACCUCUCUCCUGAUUCUAAAAAAGUGUAUCAAUGCACUCAAGAACUGUCAACACUCAAAGUUGCAGCAGCACAUACCCUUUCGGGAAAGUAAGUUAACUCAUUUCCUUCAAGGAUUCUUCAGUGGAAAAGGGAAGGUACACAUGAUUGUAAACAUAAGCCAGUGUGCUUCAACAUAUGAUGAAACACUCAAUGUGCUAAAGUUCUCGGCCAUUGCACAAAAAGUUUUUGUUACGGAUACAUCUGUUCUUCCCCAAGUUCACUCAUUUGGCCAGGGAUCGUCACUACUUAAUGACACUAAAAUGCAGGUCCCAAGGAAAAGAGCUACUGUCCUGUGGGACAGAAGCUUAGAAGAUGUGACUGAAGAUGAUGGUGAGAUGGAGAUACAGGACAAUACAUCAGGAGAGGAAGCAGUGCAAAAACAUGAAGAAAAUAAAGUUCUUCUUAGAGAAGAAGACUACAUGGCACUGCUGAAUCUCAUAGAACAGUUGAAGGACAAACUUAUUGCUGAAAAGAAGAGUAAGUUACUGCUGGAACUAAAAAUUCGAGAAGAAGUGACACAAGAAUUUGCUCAAUAUCUUGCUGAGCAGGAAGCAGAUUUCAAAGAGUGCAUUUCUCAGGAACGAGAACGGCUUGAAGAAAAUUCUGAAAGACGCCUGGAAAUCUUCAAGGAACUGGUAAAUGGUAACUCUAAAAAUGCAGAUGAAAAUAAUUUGAAGGAUCAGACUUGCAGUGAAGAAGCUGGACCUCAGGAUGAAGAACAUAGAAUAAGGGCAAACACCAACACUUAUUUUGAGGGCUUUGUGGAGUCUCUGCAGAAUGAUGUCACUGAUAUCAAAAAGCAGACAGAAGCAGCAUAUGAGUACAUUGUGUCCCUAGAGCACCCCCAGGAAGCUGCAGAUUGUCUUGAAAAACAACUGGUGAAAAUGAUCACUGAGUUAACAAAGACCAAAGAAGAGCUGACAAAGAAAACUGAAAAACUAAUCAAAACUGAAGAAGAACUGACACAGAAAACCAAAGAUUUUGAAAUGCAGAUGAUUAAACUGGAUGAGUCUGCAGAGCAACUUAAAGAAGCAACUAAGAAAAUGAAUACACAGAAUAAAAGGAUUCAGGAGCUAAUGGACAUUGUGGAGGAAAAAGAUGAUAUUGUUACAAGACUACAAGAUUUUAUAUCCCAUUUGGAAGAAGCCAUAAAAGACCAUGAGAACACUAUAACUGCCAUCAAAACACAACUAUCAGAAAAUAAUUCUAACAAAGCAAUUAAAAGCAGCCAGCUCAAUGAUUGUGAGGAAACCGUAUUGCAAGUGGGAAGAAAACGUCACUCUGAAAAUAAGCCUGCUGUGGAAGGAGAACCACCUGUAAAGAAAGUAGGUAUGAAGGAGAGUUGGGAAGGUGAGUCUCCAGAGCAAAAAAGAACUGAACAAAUGAAAGCAACUACUUCUGAGAACUUUGCAGAAAUACUAGCAUUGAAGGAAAGAGCUGAAACCUUGGAAGGUCAGCUAGCAGCACUUGAAGAAUGCAGAAGAGAAAAAAACAAAAAAGAAGAGUUCAAUGAGCAGGUGACAAACCUGCAUCUCAAGCUUUCUGCUUCUGAAGCAUUGGCUUCUGGCUUAAGUGAAGAACUUCAGAAGUGUCGAGCUUCCUAUCAGGAAAUUGUUUCUGAAUUAGACAAACAGAAAACUAUAAACAAGAAACAAGAAGAAAAGAUUAUUCAGCUAAAUAAAGAAGCAGAUGAUGCCAAACAAAAUAUAAUUGAUAAAGUGUCACAAAUUAAAAUGAUGCAGUCCAAAGUAGAUCAGUUGUAUAAAUCUCAUUUAAAUUCUUCUGUUAUGAAUGUUGAUCCAGUUAAUCGAAAGGUUUCCUUAGACUCUCAAAAAGAUGAACCAGAGAGAGCUCAAGUAAAUCCUUUAUGCCUACAGUCUCAAACUGCACCUACAGUAGAUCUGCAACAGGAAAGCUCCUUUCACUGCAGUGUUGAAAGCAUCUGGGAAGAAUGCAAGAAUAUUAUUAAGAUUUCUUCACAAAAAAGUCAUCAGAUUCAAGAACUACUUCAACAAGUUGAAGACUUAAAGAAGGGACUUCAUGACACUGAGAAUUAUAAUAAUCAACUAAAAACAAAAUUAAAUGAGAUUGCAGAUCAAGAUCAUCAGUCCAUAAAGGAAAAAGAUCUUAUGAAUGAGUUACAAGAGCAAAUCCAGAAAACUCAGGAUUUUGAACAACAGGCUGCGGAAAAUCACAGAGUAAUUGCACAGUUGGAGGAGCAAGUUACCAAUUACAAGGGGAAAAUAACAAAGCUUGAAUGCCUAUUGGAGACUUUUAGAGUUAAAGAUGACUGCAUAACAAGGCUAGAAGAAGUAAUUAAAGAAAAAGAAUCUCUUAUUUUAAGUCUAGAAAGUAAUACAGUAGUUCUGCAAGAGAAAUGUGCUAAUUCAGAUAAAAAUCUUAAACAAUUAAGUGAUCAAGAAGCAAAUCUGAAGGAGGAAGUUGUGCAGUUGAUGAACAGCUUGGAGAAAAUGAAACACUCCCUUCAGGAAAAGGAGAAAAAUGAGGACAAGCAAAUACAAUCUAUAGAAUUGCUACAUAAAGAUCUUUUGGAGAGCUCUGCCCUUGUACAGAGUUUGAAAAAAGAUUUGCAGAGAAAAGAGGAAGAAUACACAAAUUUGAAAGACAAAUUUUCUGAUGCCAAAAAACAAAUUCAGCAAGUACAAAACCAGAUCUGUACAAUGAAAUCUGAGGAGAAAUCCCUGAGGAACAAAGUUCAUGAACUUCAAAAAGUGAAAAAUGAGUUUAGUGAAGCAUUAAAGAUCAAACAAUGCACAAUCCUGCACCUUGAAAAGGAGCAGUUCAAUAAGAAAAAGCUGGAAGAAAUCUCUAAACAGUGCGAGAAAAUACAAGAAGAGCUGCGUGCAAAGGAAAAAGUCAUUGAAGAUAUGAGGAUGACACUAGAAGAACAAGAACAGACUCAGAUUAAACAAGAUCAAGUCAUUGAAGCCAAAUCAGAAGAAAACAACAUAUUACUUUUGGAACUGGAAGCAUGGAAGCAGAAAUGUAGAGAGCUGAGUAGUGCAGAGAACCAGAGCAAUAGUGACGAGCAGCAAGAGAUAAGCAAAAAUGAGGAGAAAAACAUAUAUGAAAAAGAGGAAUUGAUAAAGCUGCAGGAAGAACUGAAGGAUAAGGAAACUGAUACAGAACUAAGAGAACAACUGGCUGAGGAAGAUGACGUUAUAAAGGAAAUUAAACAAUGCAUUGAUCAUGAAAGUGUUCAGUCUUUGACUGAAAUACUUUUACCUGAAGAAGAAGACAAAAUAGAUCAGUCUGUAAACAAAGAGGCCCAUUCAGAAGUUGUCCUUGACUCUUUUGAGGUGUCCACAGAAAGUGAAAAAACUAGUCGGUUCCCAAAACCAGAGAUGGAAAUCCAGUUCACACCUCUGCAACCCAAUAGGAUGGAGAUGAAGCACCAGGAUGACACCUUGCCAGUUACAGUUAAAAUCCUCAAGCCAAAAAGGAAAAGGAAGGGUGAAGUGUUGGAUGAGGAUUUUGUGAUAAUUGAAAACAAGAAAAAUGCAUCACCUGCUAUGACAAAUUCACCUUCUACAAUCAACAAGAAAAUGAUGUCUGUUGCACAGCCAUUUAGAAAAGAAUACUCCUUAAGAAACAAAGAAUCCACUUCAAGUAAGAAGUCAGCUAAAAAGAAAGAUGGAACACUACAAAAAAUUGGAGAUUUUUUCCAAACUUCUUCUAUGAUUCAGUCUAAAGCUAAGAAGCUCAUUGCAACAAUAAGCACUCCCAAGUCUGUAGAACCAGAAAGUGUCAAAGAAAAUGAGCUCAAGCCAAAAAAAGCUAAAAGAAAGUUGCUUUCAAAUGACAUUUCUUGCCCUCUAAAUAUUUCUGCUUCUUCGAUGUUUAUUUUGGUCUCCUUUCUCACCUGUCUUCCCAGCAUUGAUGUACUGCAUAGAUCAUUAUAGAACCAAAAGAGAAGGAAAGUGAUCAUCUAAUUAUCAAGCGACGACUACGAUCAAAACCAGCUAAAUCUUGAAAAAGCAUGUUCAUGUUUCCUAGUUAGGACCUAUUUCAUUGUAUUGUUUCAGUUGAUUGUAUAUAGAAAGUAAAUAGAUACUCAAAGAUGUUCUG